GAGACGCUGCAAAAUAAAAUUCCUCACCAGUGAGACCAAAGAAGAAGCCGAAGCGCAGAGAUCGAAUAAAAAAGAUUCUCCGGUAGUAACAUUGAAGCUGAGGAGGAGGAGCAAUGUAUCCAACAGGUCAACAGAUUUCGUUUCAUGCGGCCGUUCAAGAUCCAUUAAUGGUGGAUCCAAAAGAAACAACCCAGAACGGAGGAGGGAUAUCUCAGGCAGAGUUUGCUUUGUUCACUUCCAAUAGGAUCCAGUCUGAUCUUGAAGCCAUGGGUAUCAAACUCAAACUGCACGAAGAUAACUUGAAGUUUCUCAAGGCUCAGAAAACCAAACUGGAUGAAUCUAUCCUCGACUUGCAAGUUCAUAUGAACAAACUCAAUCCUUCAGGCCCUCCUAGAAGCGAGAACUGUGAUGCCAAUCUUCAGGGUGAAGACAUCAAUGAGCAGAUCCUUCGCCAAGCAAACUCAGCUGCUGGAGUUUUAGCUCAUGUUCAGUCUCGUCAUUCUUCUCAGAUGACGUUGACGAAAGGUGUUGUUGGAGUUGUAGCCAAACUCGGGAAAGUCCAUGAUGAAAACCUGAGCCAGGUUUUGUCGGUUUAUUUAGGGACUCGUUCGAUGUUGGCACUUGUAUGCAAGGACUACGACAGUGUUAAGGGCCUAGAGAGUUAUGAUAGCCAAGGCAACGUUGAUAGAAAUGCUGGACUUCACGGGCUUGCCUCUUCGAUUGGCAGAACCAUUGAAGGCCAUUUCGAUGCCAUCUCUCUCGAAAAUCUGAGACCGUAUGUGGGCCAGUACAUAGCUGGUGAUCCACAAAGAAGGCUUAAUCUCCUGAAACCAAAACUACCAAACGGCGAGUAUCCUCCAGGUUUUCUCGGUUUUGCUGUGAACAUGAUACAGAUCGAUCCUGCUUACCUACUCUGUGUCACAGCAUAUGGACACGGUCUUCGUGAGACUUUGUUCUACAGCCUGUUCUCCCGUCUUCAGGUGUACAAAAAAAGGGGUGAUAUGAUUAGUGCCCUCCCAUGCAUAAGUGAAGGUGCAGUGUCUUUGGAUGGAGGAAUCGUUAGAACAGGCGGGAUCUUAACACUUGGAAGCAGUGAUGAGGUGAAGGUGAGGUUUGCAAAGCCAAGUGCUUCACGGGCGAUGGAUAAUCAUAGUGAGGCGGAGAGGCAAAUGAAAGAGCUGAAACAGAAGAAGGAGAAAACGCUGGAGGACAUAAAGCGAACGCAAGUGCUCCGUGAUCAUGCGGUUUACAACUUUGGCAAGAAGAAAGACGAGUUUGUUCGAUUCUUGGCUCAGAGCGCAUCCACUAGUAUGAGCCAAUGAUGAAAAGAGAGCAAGCAAAAGAACCAUGGAGCUCUGAGUAACAUGCACUUCUUGAGGACAGACAUCUUAUUUUGACUUUAAGAACAUGUUUCUAGUCUUAGUUUUUUUUUGUUAAGUUGCUUCCAUAGACUAGUUUGGUUUAGAUUUCUUAACUUCGGUUCUGUAUGUCUCUAGUCAUAUGUUUCGGUUUAACUUCAACAUGUACAUAUAAUGAUGGAUACUUUUAUUAUAUAACCUCUUCAAGGC